GGCGCCCGGCGUAGGGGGAGUCGGGUAGCAGCAUCCUCCCGGGCGCCGCUUUAGUGCGGUCGCAGCGGGGGCUUCCUCUACCUCGGGACUUCGUUGGGCAGAAGCAAUCGGUGCCGGGGAGGGUCCCGCUCUUUUGCUUAAAGCUACGUGUCCAGGGUUCCUCCUGGGCCAGUUCGCAGUCACGGAGCGCCGGGGCUCGCCUGAGCUGCCUGCCCGGACAUCCUCCGGGUGAUGGAAGAAGCAGCCGCCGCUGCGGGGCCGCGCUGUACCCUCUCCGCCACCGCCGGAGGGAUGGGAAGGUUCGCUGCGUGGAGGCCGAGUGCGAGCGAUGGAGAGCGGAUUAGCCUGGAGCUGGGACGUAUCUAAGCUACUCCGCACUGUCGCCUCUAGCCUGCUUCGUACCCCAGAGCCGGGAGGGAAGCUGCGGUCCCGAGAGACUCGGGGGAGACGUCGCUGGAGCCGGGACGGGCCGUGCUCGGUGGAGUGCAGAGCAGGGCUCUGGGCCCGGUGAAAGUUUCCCCUUCUGAGCUACAGGGCGCCCGCUGCCGGGAAACUCUGCCCAGGGCCAGGGCAGCGGAGUCCCGCGGCUCCCUCGAAGGAUUGGGGACCCCUGGCAGAAGAGAACCGGACAGAAACCGAGGAGAGCGCUAGUCGGACAGUCCGCCGGUCUGAGAUCCGGGGACGCUCUGGGGCGCAUCCGCUGCUCCAGGUCCUUCUUGGAGCCGCUGCCAUGGGAGAGUCAGCCCUGGGCGCUGGGGACCAGCCGCCUCUUCCGCCGCGCCCGCCUCGGAUCGGCGGCCCCAGUCCCGGCGCCCGCAGCCGGCCUGCAGCGUCCCCCUCCCGGGCUGCAGGGCCGCCUCCGCCGCGCCGCCGGCCCCGGCUGUGCCUGUGAUGAGCCGCAGCUCGCCUCGAGCUCUGCCCCCGGGCGCGCUUCCCCGGCCGCUGCCGGCUGCGCCUGCCGCCGUGCAGCGGGCCCUGCUCCCGCCGUGGCCCCGGCGCGCAGGACGCCGCUGGCCUGCGUCCCCGCUCGGGAUGAAGGUGUUUCGCAGGAAGGCGCUGGUGCUGUGCGCGGGCUACGCACUGCUGCUGGUGCUCACGAUGCUCAACCUUCUGGACUACAAGUGGCAUAAGGAGCCGCUGCAGCAGUGCAACCCCGACGGGCCUUUGGGUGCCGCGGCGGGGGCAACAGGGGGCGGCUGGGGACGGCUGGGGUCGCCUCCUGCAGCGCCACCCCGCGCUCACCCGCGCAUGGACCCCCGUACUCCAUACCGCCCUCCCGCAGCCGGCUUGGGGGCAGUUCCCGCAGCCGCGGCGGGGGCUGUAGGAGCUGCGGCCUCUCCAGGCAAUGGAACUCGAGGCACCAGGGGUGGAGGGGACAAGCGGCAGUUGGUGUAUGUGUUCACCACGUGGCGUUCCGGUUCGUCCUUCUUCGGCGAGCUCUUCAACCAGAACCCUGAGGUGUUCUUCCUCUACGAGCCUGUGUGGCACGUGUGGCAAAAACUGUACCCCGGGGACGCGGUUUCCCUGCAGGGGGCAGCGCGGGACAUGCUGAGCGCUCUGUACCGCUGCGAUCUUUCGGUUUUCCAGCUGUAUAGCCCCGCCGGCAGUGGGGGGCGCAACCUCACCACUCUGGGCAUCUUUGGGGCAGCCACCAACAAGGUGGUGUGCUCCUCGCCACUCUGUCCCGCCUACCGCAAGGAGGUCGUCGGGCUGGUGGACGACCGCGUGUGUAAGAAGUGCCCACCUCAACGCCUGGCACGCUUCGAAGAGGAGUGCCGCAAAUAUCGCACGCUGGUUAUCAAGGGCGUGCGCGUCUUCGAUGUGGCUGUGUUGGCGCCGCUGCUUCGAGAUCCAGCCCUGGACCUCAAGGUCAUCCACCUGGUGCGGGAUCCUCGAGCGGUUGCCAGCUCCCGCAUCCGCUCACGCCAUGGCCUCAUCCGGGAAAGCCUACAGGUGGUGCGAAGCCGGGAUCCGAGAGCCCACCGCAUGCCUUUCCUGGAGGCCGCUGGCCACAAGCUGGGUGUCAAGAAGGAGGGUAUGGGUGGACCAGCAGACUACCAUGCUCUGGGUGCAAUGGAGGUCAUCUGCAACAGUAUGGCCAAAACGCUGCAGACAGCCCUGCAGCCGCCUGACUGGCUACAGGGACACUACUUAGUGGUGAGGUACGAGGAUCUGGUGGGAGACCCGGUUAAAACUCUGCGGAGGGUGUACGACUUUGUGGGGCUGCUGGUGAGUCCUGAAAUGGAGCAGUUUGCCCUGAACAUGACCAGUGGUUCGGGUUCUUCCUCUAAGCCGUUCGUGGUGUCAGCUCGCAAUGCCACUCAGGCCGCCAAUGCCUGGCGGACCGCGCUCACCUUCCAGCAGAUCAAGCAGGUGGAGGAGUUUUGCUACCAACCUAUGGCAGUGCUGGGCUAUGAGCGGGUCAACAGCCCUGAAGAGGUCAAAGACCUCAGCAAGACCUUGCUUCGGAAGCCCCGGCUUUGAGAGGGUUUCCCAAGAGAUCUGACACCCUCUGGAGACACCCACAAAGAGGAUGGUGUUGUGUUUAAACAAACACAGCCCAGACCCAAGCUGAGGAAGCCCACAUAUUCUAUUAUAGAUAUAUAAUAUAAAUAACCACACCGGCACUUGCUGUCAAUGUUUUGAGUCAGUGAAUUUCAAGGAACAGCCUCAACACAUGUGCGCGUACACACACACACACACACACACACACACACACCUCAGAAAAGGCAAGACUUGAAAGUUCUGACAAAUUGCCCUGUCCCCUACCUCUUCUCCCUCUCCCCUUCUCGUCCUCUCCCUCCCCCCUUCCAUAUUGAAGUGGAAUGUCGUUAAAUCAAAGUUCCAGUAACACAAAUCUUGUUUACAAUUUUUUGUGGCAUCUGUGAAUGUGUAAGAUUAAUUUGGAUGUGGAGUGGGGUGGGUGGAGAAGGGGAAAGUGGUCCCAGAGCAGAAAGCCCCCCCACGGGCUGGUAAACCUAGGAGGCAUCCUUCAAAAUAGACUUUUGUGUAAAGCAGCAAAGGUGACAUGUGAGUAUUAAUAAAGAAGAUAAUAAAUAAUAUUCUUUUUUUAUAUUUGCCUCCAUUACUCUGGGUUUACCAGUACUACUUGUCUUGGUAACUUCAGGUGGCCUCUGCUCCCCUCCUCUCCCUACUUGGGGGAUAGCUAAGCUGGGAGAAGCCUCUGCCUUCAUAAUAAUUGGGAGUUGUUUUCUCACGUGCAAUCCACAGCCUGCCAGCUGCCCAGGAAUGGAAGCAGUCUUUUACAGGCAAAACCAGGCAGGGCAGAGAAGAGAGCACACACUACUUUCCUGUUCAGCUUUGAGGAGAGAAAGGAAGAAACAAGCCCUUGAGAUUUGAAGGCAUUCGGUUUUGGUUACUACUGUAUUGUGAGUUGAGACAGGGUACCUUGAAGCAGAGACUGCUAGUUUUGUUCUGAAGUUGGUUCAGAAAGAAAAAAAGAGGAAAAUUUAAAGGCAUAUGUAUAUAUAUUUUUAAAGUUCUAAUGAUUAGAAUAUGAGUUUCAAAAUGGAGUGAAUACUAUUGGCCCUGGUGGCAGCAAUCUCUGUAGUUAGUGGAAGGACAGAAAUAUCUGCUUGGAGUGUUUUUGUCUUUGACACAGUAUCCGGAGGCAUAUUAAGGCAAAGUUGUAACUGAGGACUAGGGGGACACCCACAGGUUUUCUUUCCUCCUCACGUCCCAUCCAAACCAGUAACACUAAAGGACAGGAAUUUGAAAUAGUUUGCUGGAGACUUGGGGUGUCCUGGAGCCAUGGUAUUCUCCUUAUUUUCCUAAAGGUAAAUUUGCAAAACAAAGUACAUGAGGCAGACAGUGUAGGAUUCUAACUAAGAACUUUUAGAUACUAAGAGGAGUCUGAAGAAGGGGAAAUAAAAGUGAAUUACUCUGGGAUUCUGAGAUUUGGCAUUGAAUUUCCCAGCAGUGGUUAUGAUACUCCCACGUCCUGAACUCAUAUUGUGCUGAAGUAUUCUGUAUGGUGUUGUGUUAAGAAAUUAUGAAACCCAAAUAGGAAAAACAGACAGUAUAGUUGUAUAUUACACAUUAUAUUAAAUGCGGUACAAGCCCAGUUUUCCUGCAGCUUUAUUUUACAGUAAUUUAUUAUGAGAAUCUGGGAAGCCUACAAAUGUGGGUUGAAUGCUGAGGAUUUUAUUUUAAAAGAGAAAGAGAAUAUGUACAAAGGGAAUGUUUUAACAUGAGGUGAUUCUUGAGUUUAGUUAUCAUUGCGAUGUGAAAUCCAAGACGAAGAAGCCCAUUUUUUUAAAAAAAGGUGUCUUAGGAUGAUUAUUUCCUAGUCUACUGAAAUUGUUUGCCAUGUCUUGUGACUGAGCUAGACAGCUAUUAUAACACUGCUCAAGAUUUCCAUAGUAUCUUUAUGGUAGUGCCUUCAGCAGCAGGGGAAUCUUUGUAAGAGCUCUAAUUUAAGAAUACUUUAAAAUUAAAUGAACAAAAUAAAUAUUAAUGUUGGGUGACUAUAGAUGAAAAAAGGCUUAGCAGCAAAUUAGGGUAGUGUCAUUAAAAAACAAUGAUUCUGGGUAAAAUAACCAUUUAAAAACAAAUUCUGUAUGGCAUUAGAACCAGCUCUUUUCAGCCACAGUGAAAUUCAUUUCUGGUUGAGCCGAAGGUUUUUAAAGCAGCUCCCUUCUAUUCUUUUCCAGCAUCUCCAGCGACUCGGAUCGCCCUAGACUGGAAUUAUGUUUUGGGAUCUUGUGUUUAAAAGCUUUCCUAGAUGCUAUACAGAGCCUUGCAGCUUGCAGAGCCUUCAUGGCCUCGGCUGAGAGGAAAUUCUCAGCUAACCCCGACAGCUCUCCCCUCCUCUGUUUGCAGAGGUUCUCUCUGUAUUUUCCUUGUUUUGUAGCAGCUGCAGGCUCUCCACUCUGCCACUCCUGGGCUCUGCAAUUUGAAAAGGUGAAUUGUUGCUCCUGGAGAUUUGUACCUCACUGCAUUCUAGGAAAGUGAGCUGGGUGUUGUUCCCACUAGAGGCUGAGAUAGUCAUAUCCGUGACAUUUAGCUGCCAGAGCUUGGAGAAGCAUUUUUGGCGUUAACAAGCUCUUGUGGGCCCCUGGUGCAAGCAGACCUGGGCCAUGACGAACUGCAGCAGCACUGUGACCAUUUCUGAGGCCGCGUGGUUGAAAGCAAUCCUUUCACAUUGCCCAACCUGGCAGGAUGUCCGUCAGUGGGAGGAAAUUUUCCUCAGAGCAGCUUCCCUGCCAGAGAGAUUCUGUUUGUGAGUUCGGCCUGACUGGUGACAUGCCUGGCGUAGCCCUUUGACUUUGGAAUGUAUUUGUUAAUUAGGAAGCUCCAUUUAGAGAAUGAAAUCCAGGCAGCACAUCUAGUCAACAAAUAGGAGUUUGGAACAAGACAAAGGUGCAGGCUGGGUGCUUGAGUUUCAGGAAUCUCAGAACCCAUGAAAGGUUGCAUUCACACUGUCCCCUGGGUCCAGGGACUGGGGCAAAUCUGUGCCCUUCAGUAUUUCCCCCACAGUGAGUGCUUGUUACAUACUUGUUAAAUAAGUAAAUGAAAUGUGUAACUAUCAGAUACUGGAGAUGUUUAGAGGGAAAGAGAAGACGAUGUUCACCUGUUCAGUGCCAGUAGCAGGUCUCUGGGGGAGGUCAUGGCCUGCAGGCUCUGGUAGAUGGACGCAGCAAGCAAUGGUACACCUGUGGUGUUUCCAAGGUGACCCAGCCCUUUAACUCAUACCAGGGAAUUAGAAAGAACUGCAGAACUGAUGAAUGUGGAGAGGCAAAUUCAAAAUAAGGAAUUCAGUUUUCAGUAUUUGUUUCCCAAACGGCAUGAACACAGGAGGGCAGGGAUCUGACAUCUAACUGUGGAUCAGAAUUGCCCGGGUGCCUAGGCGUGGUCUGUGAAGUUUGUUUUGAAGAAACUGUGAUGUUUACUAUUUUGAGUGCUGUGGAUGCAUAGACUGAUAAAAUGUGCUGUAAGCUGUGGCCGGGCAGAGCAAUGGCUGCUGUGGGAAAGUCCGUUCUGCUUUGGAUACGGAGUGAGACAAGGGCUCCCUGCUCCGGUGUGUUCACAGCCUGGCUACAGUCAGUUCUGCCCUGUGUAGUUGUGGCUGGAUUACGCUGCUGGUUCGAAAUGAAUGUGAAUUUGGGUGAGACUAUCAAGUUAAUAUUCCCUGGGAACUGGGCAAUUAAAUAAAGAUCAUGUUUGAAACACAGUCUCUAGACAUGAAUUCAGAAAGAGAAAGAGAGAAAUGAGGCGUGGGUCACUUCAUUUAGACAUGGUAGCUCAUGAUGACGUGUCUCUUGUCACCCCCAACCCCUCAACACACAGACCCAUGCAAUACCCUAUAUGGAGUUCCUGAACUUUCUUUAAGGGGUCUUCACCAAGAGACUUUCUUCCUUUCUUUUUUUGAUGUUGAGGAUCGAACCUAGCAAGACCAAGGCAAGGGCUCUAUGAUGAAGUCAGAUUCUCAAUCUAUGUUUUUUUUUUUCUUUUUGGGGAAAGGUUUUCAUAUGACUCAG